AUGCUUUCUCUCCCCCCUCCCACACACAUCGCUCUGGUUUCCACAUUCCUUUCUCCAGAGCGCCUCCUCUUGUCUUCCUUUUUUUCUUUGCUGUCCCUUAUUUGCGUAUUCAUUGUCGCUGCUUCUUAUUUUGAAACUCUCACUUAUAACAUUUUCUACUUCGUUCUUCCACAUUUUUUUGUUGCUCUUCACUUCUAUCUUUCUAUUCCGUUCCUCUUUCUUUCUUUCUUUCUUUCUUUCUUUCUUUCUUUCUUUCUUUCUUCUCUAUUUCUGAUCCCUUUCCGUUUAUUCUAUCUUUUCUUCCUCCCUUUUCUCCUUACUCUCUUCCACUCUUUUGUUCUCUACUUUUCCUUCUCUCAAGGCUUCACUGAACUGCUUGCUUUUUUUUCUUUGUCUUCCCCAUCUUUAUUUAAUUUCCUAAUCAAACCUUUAUUUAUUUGUUAUUCUUUAAUCAUUCUAAUUGUCAUCACAUUCACCGCCGACAGCAACCUUUACUUUCCGACUAGCGCUAUGGCAAAGGCGGGUCUUCGCCGUGCGGCCUUGUUUGUAUUUUCCUCCCAUUCCUUUCUCUCAUUGACAAAUAUGUCAGGCUUGGACGUCUCUUUUUAUGACUAUGAUGUUCCUACUUCCCUGAUCCAAUAUUUUCGGGAGUUGAAGUUGGCGGGAGAGGAUCCUGUCUUUACCACAGAGGUAAUUGUAAAGAUAGAAGGAUGUAAUUUUCAUCUAUCUAUCUAUCUAUCUAUCUAUCUAUCUAUCUAUCUAUCUAUCUAUCUAUCUAUCUAUCAUGCAAGAAUAUUUUGA